GCCUCGGCGGCGGCGGCGGCAGGACGCGCAGGGCACGCGCGGCGCCCCGCGCCCACCCGCACCCAGAGCGCUGACUCGGACCGCCCCCCGGAGGGCACAGACGCAGGAUGGAAGAAAAGCUGAAGAAAACCAAGAUCAUCUUUGUGGUGGGUGGGCCUGGCUCGGGCAAGGGCACCCAGUGUGAGAAGAUUGUCCAGAAGUACGGUUACACCCACCUCUCCACCGGGGACCUGCUGCGGGCCGAGGUCAGCUCCGGCUCGGACCGGGGCAAGACGCUGUCGGAGAUCAUGGAGAAGGGCCAGCUGGUCCCGUUGGAAACAGUGCUGGACAUGCUUCGAGACGCCAUGGUGGCGAAGGUGGACACUUCCAAAGGCUUCCUGAUCGACGGCUACCCGCGGGAGGUGAAGCAAGGGGACGAAUUCGAGCGGAAGAUCGGACCCCCCACGCUGCUGCUGUACGUGGACGCGGGCGCCGAGACGAUGACCAAGCGGCUCCUCAAACGUGGGGAGACCAGCGGGCGCGUGGACGACAACGAGGAGACCAUCAAGAAGCGGCUGGAGACCUACUACCAGGCCACGGAGCCCGUCAUCGCGCACUACGAGAAGCGGGGCAUCGUGCGCAAGAUCAAUGCCGAGGGCUCCCCCGACGAGGUCUUCAAGGACAUCUGCACCCACCUGGACCAGCUCAAGUAGGGCGGCUGCAGCCCCCGACCCGCCCCUACCGCCCUCCCGCCCGCCCGCCGCAGGCUCGCCGGCCACCGCCCAGGCCUGCUGGGACAGAGGAAGCCACUUCAUCCUGUUUUCAUGGAGGCCCACAGCACUAAAGGAAUCGUCAAGGA